UUUUGGGUUGUCGUUUUCUUGAAAAAAUUAUCCGAUUCGAAUUAAAUUGAAUACAUCAUGUCUUCUAUAUAUUUAUUUUAUUCGUACUAUACUUAUAGUUUUCGACCUCAUAGUUUCUGUAUAGCAAGUUCUACAUUUAGAACAAAAUAUUGAACUGUGUAACAGAAAAUCGUUUUAGUUCUAUAAAUAAUUGUAUUGACGUAAAAUUGGCAAAGAUCUUCUCGUUUCCAGGCACAAAACAUUUCAAGAACACCUCAAUACACCUCCUUCCGGACUACAUAUCCUGACUAUAUGUAUACAAAUGCCAAAAGUUCCUAUAAAAUAAACGUUAAUUCAGAACAGCUGAGGCUUAUAUGUUUUUUAUGUAUUUAUGUGAUGAUUGAUAGAAUUCUUUUUCUGGCCGAAUUAAGUGUGAAAUGUCGGCUGGUCGGAUCAUACGAGGAGAUUGAGCUAUUAAAUGUUAAUACACACUAAAUGGUCGAGCGUGAUCAACGUAACCUGCUGUCAUCCCAGGAUGGUGACACUUGUGAGAUACACGACCAGUUUUACAGAGACCACAAAUUACUUCUGGUGUUGUUCAGAGCACUAGCGGUUAUGCCGAUCACACGAUCAAGACCUGGCACGAUUACAUUUAGCUGGAAGUCUCGAGCGACGACGUACGCCAUCUUUUUCUACAUCGUCACCACAAUCAUUGUCCUGGUCGUCGGUUAUGAACGUCUUAUGAUACUGCGUUCAAUUAAAAAGUUUGAUGAUUACAUAUAUUCCGUGCUAUUUGUCGCUUUCCUUGUCCCGCACUUUUGGAUCCCUUUCGUCGGAUGGGGCGUCGCGCAUCAAGUCGCAAUAUAUAAAACGAAUUGGGGAAAGUUUCAAGUGAGAUAUUAUCGGGUGACUGGUGAAAAUCUCAAAUUUCCGAAUCUUAAGACGUCUAUCGUCAUAAUAAGUGUAGGAUGUCUGUUACUCGCUGUCUGCUUUCUUCUCAGUCUGUGCGCAUUGUUGGAUGGUUUUCUUCUGCGUCACACGACAGCGUAUUAUCAUAUCAUUACUAUGAUUAAUAUGAAUUGCGCGUUGUGGUAUAUAAACUGCAAGGGGAUUAAAAUUGCAUCACAGAGUCUCUCCAAUUGCUUUAGCAGGGAUGUGUCCAUAGAAUGUACGGCCAGUUUGAUAUCGAGCUAUCGUUUCCUUUGGCUAAAUUUGUCAGAAUUGUUACAAUCAUUAGGAAACGCUUACGCCAGAACAUAUUCGACAUAUUGCCUUUUCAUGUUUUUCAACAUUACUAUUGCUGUUUAUGGCGCGUUGUCAGAAAUUGUGGAUCAUGGUUUUCGGUUUAGUUUCAAGGAGAUGGGCUUGAUCGUUGAUGCGGCUUAUUGUUCAACGUUGCUUUUCAUUUUCGCUGAUUGCUCCCACAAGUCCACGCUGAAGGUCGCAGCUGGUGUCCAAGACUGUCUUCUAUCCAUCGAUGUGUUGUCUGUUGAUAGACCGACACAAAAAGAGAUAGACCACUUCAUUCAAGCUAUAGAAAUGAACCCAGCUGUGGUGAGCUUGAAGGGAUACGCUCACGUAAACAGGGAACUACUAACAUCGGCAAUAAGCAUGAUAGCCAUUUACCUCAUAGUCUUGUUGCAGUUCAAGAUUUCAUUGCCCAAGGAGAUUUCUAGUUCUUAAAAUUAUACACCACCCUAAUUAUUUAAAGAUUUGAUAGCUUAUUUAUUAUUUUCUAGCAUCACCAUUAGUGUAGAUGUCCUUAUAACUCACAAAACCACAAAUCCCGGCCUUAUAUAGUAUUUUUUAAUACGCAAUUUAAAUAAUUUAAUAAAUUGAUGAUUAUAUAACAAUAUGGAGUUUUAGCAGAAUUAAUAUAUGAAUAUUAAAAAUAAAUGUGCGAGUU